AUGAACGACGUCGCAAAGCGGAAUAGUUUAGAAAGAGUACUUUACAACAUAGGAGUACACGAUGAUGAAGAUAUAUCAUGCAAAACUCCAAGUGGCGAUGCAGGUCAAUGCGUUGAAAUUCUUGAGUGUCGACCUCUAUUAGCUGCAUUAAACAAACCAUACAGAACAUCACAGGACUUCGACAUCCUAAGAAAAUCACAGUGUGGAUAUAGACAAACAAUUCCAAAGGUUUGCUGUCCGGUGUUGGGGCCAGUGCCGACUUCAGAUAGAAAAUGCCUAACACCCAAUGGUUACGAAGGAAAGUGUAUCAGUUUGAAUGCUUGUCCUCAUCUCAACAGUAUGAUGCAACUACCGAUAUCCUAUGCAGCCAAAACGUUUCUUCAAAACUCAAGAUGUAACGGUCCAACUGAAUUAAGCGUGUGCUGUGGCCCACCACCCACUACAACUGGAACUACGGUAACGCGGCUUGGAGAAUGUACUCCAUCAGCAGCUCCCCCCGAUCCCCGCAGCGAAUGCUGUGGGAUCGAUGGCGGGAACAACAACAGGAUUGUUGGAGGAAAUGAAACGGCAAUAGACCAGUAUCCUUGGCUGGCGCUCAUCGAGUACACAGACGGCUCACGGAUCAAACUGCUCUGCGGUGGAGUUUUAAUCAGUGGGAGAUAUGUACUUACUGCAGCUCAUUGCAUCACCGGGGCUGUUCUUGACUUAGGGACACCAAUCAAUGUACGACUUGGCGAAUAUGAUAUAACAAAUUCCGGGCCUGACUGCGUGGAAGUCGAAGGAGGCGGCAGCGACUGCACGGACGGUGCUUUGGUUUUUCCGAUCGAACACAUUAUUGCUCAUCCAAACUACGGACUACGAAGGCAUGACAUUGCUUUGAUCAGAAUAAGUAAGACGGCUCCGUAUACAGAUUUCAUUCGUCCCAUUUGCUUACCGACCACGGAUGUAACUAUAUCACCACGUUCUGAUAUGAGGCUGUACGUGGCCGGUUGGGGCGCGGUGGACACAUUUAAAAGCAGCAGCGAUAAAAAAAUGCACGUUGAUCUACCCUACGUUACGCGGAAUGAAUGUAAAGCCAUGUAUUACAGGAAUACAAGACAGCCGCCAGAAAACAUAUCUAUAAGGAAGGGACAGAUCUGCGCUGGCGGGGAGAUUGGGAAGGACUCGUGCAAAGGAGACUCCGGCGGUCCGCUGAUGUACGAAAACGGACGACUCUACGAGGUGGUCGGCAUAGUAAGCUUCGGCCCGACUCCCUGCGGCCAACUUAAUAUACCCGGUGUCUACACCAAUGUUUAUGAAUACCUACCAUGGAUUCGAAGCCAGAUCAGGCCAUAG